AUGAAUAGCAUAAAACGAAUUUGUGGUAAUCAUGGGGUGAAAUGUAUACAGUUUUUGAACCCCAAUUUAGUAUGUAUUUCUUUUGGAAAUAUUAUAAAAAUAAUAAAUAUAAUAAAUAAAGAUAUAUUGUUAGAAUAUGCAGUUUCAAAUAGUAGUAAUAUAUAUGGAUUGAUUUAUAAAAAAUGUGAAGAAAAUAAGGGUAUAUUAAUAUGUCAUGGGGUACAUAAAAUAUAUGCCUACAAAUUAUGCAUAAAUACAUGUGCUUUAAAACUAUUAUCUAAAUUUUGUUUAAAUAAAUGGAUAUUAAAAAUAAAAUUUUUAAAUUGUACACAAAAAAAAAAUGACUAUACCCUAAUAACAUGUUUAAGUAAUGGAUCUGUUGUAUUAUUAGACAUAUAUAAACGUAUUAUUUUACAAAAGUGGAAAUUUAAUGAUAUAUUUUUACUAUAUAGUGCCGAUAUUUAUAUAAAAAAAAAAAAAAACUAUAAAAUCAUAAUAGCGGGAGGGACCCCUUUCAAUAAAAUAUUGCUAUGGAAUAUAAAUAUCACAAAAAAAAAAAAAAAAAAAAAUAUAAAUAUAACUUCAUUGAAACAUUAUCAAGAAUUAAAGGGACAUAGAGGUAUCAUAUUUAAAGUGAAAUUUUUUAAAAAGUCAAAAUACCUUGGCUCAACAUCUGAUGAUAGAGAGGGAAUAAUUUGGUCUAAAAUAAACAAAGAUGGAAAUGAUAAAAUAAUAAAAAAAGAAUAUAAUGAAGAAAUAUCAGAAAUGAAUGAUAAUGAUAAUAAUAAUAUACUUUUAAAUAAGUCUAACAAUUUGUUGUUUUAUUAUAAAAUAGAUAAGAUACUAACUGGGCAUGAUGCUAGAAUAUGGGAUAUUGAAAUGUGCAAAUAUAAAAACAAUAUUUAUUUUGUUACAUGUAGUGAAGAUUCGACUUGUAUUAUAUAUGAAAUAAAAGAUAGAAUAAAAGAAAAUGAUAUAAACAAUAAAAGUGUAUGUAGACAAAAUGGAUUUUCUUUUAAAUAUUCAAGUGCAUGUUCAGGAUCAAUUCGAUUUAUUUUAUUUAAUCCAUCUUAUAAAAUUUUACUUUCAGGAUUUGAUAACGGUUCUGUUCAUUUGAUUUCAAUUUAUAAAUUAAUAAAAAAUAAUUUCAAAAUAAAUUGUAUAAAAAAUAACCAAGUAAAUAAAGAAAACAAGUCAGAAUAUAUUUUUGAAAAUAAUUCAAAUCUUUAUUAUUAUGACGAACAAAUUUUAAAAAAAAAAAAUAUGAUAAAUUUUUUAGAUGAUAGUUUAAAUAAAGAAUUAGACAAAACUAAUGAUUGGAUUAGGUCUAUAAAUCAUAUAAAUAUGACCAAUAUAAUAAUUUGCACAAAUUUUGGAAAAAUAUAUAUUUUAAAAACUAAUAAAAUAAACAAUAGAUUAGUAUUGUUACAUAAAAUCGAGGAUAAAAAUUGUUUAUUAACAUGUUUAACUUUUUAUGGAUUAAAUUAUAUUUGUCUUGGAUUUAGUAAUGGGUUUUCUUCUUUUUUAUUUUUAUCAAAUUUGAAAGACAAUAACCAUCCAAAUAUAAUCUUUUCAAAAAAUUUUAAUUGUUUUUCACAUCGAGUAAGUGAUAUGAAUCUAAUUCCUUUAUCGACUUUAAGUUAUAAACAAAUUAUAUCAUUUAUUGAAAAUAAAAAUUUAGGUAAUAUUUUAUAUUUGAACUUAAAAAAAGAUACAUUGAGUAAUACAAAACAAAAUAUUUUAGAUUCUAAUACUACAAUUUAUGCAUCUACUGAUGAUUUUACAUUUUAUAAGGUUAUAUAUAAUACUGAAAUGGAAACAGAUGUUGAAAUAUCCAAAGUAGAACCUUUUGUUUCAAGCUUUUUAUUAGCUACAUUUGAUCAUACAGGAAAUAUAAAAUUUUUUGGAGUACAAAAUGAAGAUGGAAAAAUUAAUUUUAUUGAAAUAUCUGAAACAUUAAUAGAUGUGAAAAAUCAAAAAUCAAAAAUAAUAUCAUUUAAUUAUGCAUUAAGAGAAAAACAUACAAAACAAGGAUCUCAAAUUAGUUUGAACAUUUUGAUAUUUUUAGGUGAUGAAUAUGGCUGUAUUUUUAUUAUUUAUUUAAAAAUACCUAUUCAAAUAAAAGAUAAAAAAAGAAUAUACGAUUUUAAAAAUUUAACUAUUAAACAUAAAGAUAAAAUACGGAUUCAUAGUAAUCGAAAAGUCUUUGACAUCAAAAUAAUUGAUGGAUUCAUUUAUUCGUGUGGACAAAAUGGAAAUAUAAUAAAAUAUCAGUUAUAUAAAAAUAAAAUAUAUACAUUAUAUAAAUUAUGCUUAAUUAAGAUUCCAUAUUAUUCAUCUAUUUAUAAAUUAAUUCCAAUAUUCAUUAAUACUAAAAAAGAUGUUGCGUCUGAACCCGUUUCUAGAUGCGGCAAAAGGGGUACUACAUCUGAGCCUGCUAAUGAUGCAACUUAUUCCCAAGAAGAUAAUAUUCAUAAUAUAAUUGUUUGUUGCUUUAAAGAAAAAAAAUUUGUUUUAUAUGAUUUAAAAAAUAAAAUUGAAUAUAUAUCAAUAGAAUGUGGAGGUUUUAGAAGGCCAUUAAGUAUUUUUAUGAAAUAUACAAAUAAUUUGGUGAACACAUUUUCAUUUUGUUUUUGUAAAGAAAAAAAUAUUUUUUUUUAUUUCAAAGAAUUGAAUCAAAAUAAAUCUAAUAUUAUACCAUACCAUCAAAUUUAUAUAAAUUCAGAUUUUCAUACUAAAACUAUUUCUUCUAUUUUAUGGAUAAAUAAAAAUUAUUUUAUUACAUGUUCAGAAGAUGGAACUAUCAAAAUUUUAUUCUCCAAACCAAUUAGACAAAAUCAAGAAUCAAAAUCCUACAUUUUUGACCCAAAAAAAAAUAUAAAAAAAAAAUAUAACAGUAAAAAUUAUAUACUGAAUCGAAUUGAGGUGGUUCAAAAUAUUUACAAUCAUAACGAGCCAAUUUUUUCUAUGUGCUUUUUAAAAAAUCCAUUUUACAAAUUUAGAAAUCUUAGAUUUUUAGCAAGUGUAGGUGCAAAAAAUUCUAUUAACCUUUUUUAUAUUUUUAUGAAUAAUAAUAAUAUUCCAAUUAUCUAUCAUAUAGAAAAAUUAAAAGUUCCAAUUUUUUCAAGUAACCUUCGAUUUUUAUGUGUUGAAGGAAGUUAUAAAAUAUCAGAAUAUACAGAAAACAGUUAUGUUAUUAAUUUUGAUAUAUUUAUAGGAACAUCAAUAGGUCAUAUAUUUCGAUAUAAUAAUGGAAUAUAUAAAUUUGUAAUAUAUAAAAAUAUCGUUUUUUCAAAAGUUCAAAAGCAUGCAAAUUUAACAAAUUCUUAUAAUUUACAUAGCACAAUAUUAUCAAUUAAUUUUAUUAAUAUUUUCAAAAAUAAAAUAUCAAAAAAUAUAAAUAAUGAAUCAAAUAUAGAAAUGUGUAAUCAUAUUCCCCAUGAUAUGGUACAUAAAUCAGAUUUAAAUGAAUUAUGUUUUUUUAUUAAAAAAAAAAAAUAUAUAAAAAUGGAUAACAAAGAAAUACAUAAUAUACUAGUAUGCGGAUUAAAUAAUGGAAAUGUUUAUAUUUAUCAUAUUGAAGAAAAUAAAAUGAAUUUAUUAAAAAAAGUCAAAGUACAUCAAAAUGGAAUUAAUCAAAUAGCUAUUAAAAAAAAAAAUAAUAGGAUUAUACAUAUUUUUACAUGUGGAGAUGAUCAAUCUGUUAAUAUACUUUCCAUAAAAAUUAAAGAUAAAAUAAAACAAUUGGAAAUUAAAAAAAAUGAAAAUAGUAAUAACCAUAUUAAUCAAACUAUUUCUAAUAAUUUUAAUAUACAAAAACGAUUUAAAAUUUGUAUUUUGCAAAAUACAAACUUUCCAAAUUCACAUUAUUCAUCAAUUAGAGCAAUUGUAAAUUUUUCAAAUUAUAUCAUAACAACAUCUUGGGAUCAGUAUAUUUCUAUAUGGAAAAUAAAUGGAUGUAGUGCUAACAAAAAUAGCGACAGAAAUAUUGAUAAAAAUAUUAUUAUUUUGUCUAUUUUCAAGAAAUUUAAAAUGGCGGUUUAUGAUGUUUCAUGCUUAAGUUAUUUACCAAUUAAAAAAAAAAAACAUAUUUUUAAAAAUUGUGAAAAUAAACUAAAGCACUUAGAAAUUCAUAAUUUAGAAACUAAUCGAAAAUAUUACAAUUGCAAAAUGUAUUUAUCAGUUGGUGGUACAAAUGGCAGUAUCGAAUGCUUCUCAUUAAAUUUGACAAAAUAA